AGGUGCGGGACUCCGAAGCAGCGGCAAAAAUGCUUGGAGCGAAAGCAGACUACCGGCUACCCACGGACUGCGCGCGCCGGAUAGUGGCAGAGGUGCAGGGCGCCCUGGACUCCUGCGCCGAGCGGCAGCGACAGUUGGAGCGGAGCCUGCGCGUUUCCAGGCGGCUGCUGCAAGUCUGGGAACCAGCCAGGGCCCUAGCUCCGGAGCCAGAAACCAAGGAAGAGGCCCCAACUCCAGCAUGCACACCAAGUGCUCAAGACCUCAGGGAACUGGAGCUUCUGACACAGGCACUGGAGAAGGCUGUACGAGUGAGGAAAGGCCCGUCUAAGGCUGGACAAAGAGACAGAACAUCUAAUGCAGCCGCUUCUGGUGCCACUGCCCCUGCCCAUUCCCAUCCCUCCAGCCAGGUUGGCGGCCGUGCAUCAGGUGCCAGAUCCACCAAGGGCGCACAACGGGCCACAAUCCCUGCCAAGGACUACCCCAAGGGCAGACCUCUGUCAAGGGGAGAUAGGACCCAUAUGAGAACAGGAUCCCAAGCUGCCGGGUCUGGACCAGGCCUCAGGGACCAACAAAUGGCCCCAUCAGCUGUUCCUCGUGCCACAGAACCCUUCACACUGAAAGACAAGGGGACUCUCCUACAAUUACCUGCGGCAUUCAGGAAGACGGCUUCCCAGAAUUCCCGUCUGUGGGCCCAGCUCAGUGCUGUACAAGCCAGUGACUCCACAGAUGCCACCAGAGCCGCCAAAGCGCAGUUCCUCCAAAAACUCCAGCUGGCCUCAGGCUGCUCCAGCCACAGGCCUGGUGCUGCUGAAGUAGAGGCUCAUGCCCAGAGCCUGAGGAAGACCUGUACACUGCUGAGACUUCAUAUGCAGAAGGCACUGUCAGCAGCCCCCACUGACUGGACGCAGGAGUACCGAUGCCUGCUGGUGCUGGAAGGACUGCAGGCCUUUGUGGAACAGUGUCUCCACAGGAUCCAGGCGCUCCAGACAGCUGUGACAGGAGGGCUGCCAGGACCACGUCUUGUGGAGAAACCCAGCCAGGCCUCGUCACUCUGUGGAGGAAAGAUGGACCCUUCCUGGAGCCCUGAGCUCCUUCUCUACUCUAGCACCAAGGAGCUGCAGACCGUGGCUACCUUGAAGCUUCGUGUGGCCAUGUUAGACCAGCAGAUCCAUCUAGAAAAGGUUCUGAUGGCUGAACUCCUCCCUCUGAUAAACACCCAGGAGCCAGGAGGGCCACCUUGGCUGGCGCUGUGCCGAGCUGCAUACAGUCUGCUCUGUGAAGGAGGUGAGCACUUCCUCACGGUUCUUCGAGACGACCCUGCCGACUAAGCGGGCUGGGCAGAAGUCUCUCUGGGAGAGUGCCCUCCUCUCAGCUCGAGUGUAGUGAGCAGGGAUUGAAGGAUUUUCCUGUUUGGAGGAGCUAAGAGCACAGAGAGAGCUGUGACUUCCCUGGGAAAGCUGGGUGCUCAGGGAGGCUGUCGGGGUGCUCCCUCAAUGCCACAUAACCACCAGACUUUCUGGUCAAGGCUCAGCUUUCUGCCUUCCUGGAAAGCCCUUCUUGACUGCCAUUACUGCCUCACUUUAGGCCCACAAGCUACUUGUAUGAUACUGGAGCUGCGUAUUUAUAUGGCUUCAAAGUAGGGCUUAAUUUCGCAUUCUUGUUUCUUUCUUUGUGGUUUUAAGGAUUUUAUCAAUUAAGGGGCUUGGAUACACAUCUAAUCUCACCACUGGGGAGGCUGAGGCAAGGCAAUCCUAAGUUCAAGGACAGCCUGAAAC